AGCACAUCAACAAGCCGUAAACAAACAGCGCGCGUGUGUGUGUCAAGCCAUUUUGCUCUUGUUCAUUGAUCUGGAAACCACUGUUUGAAUAUGACGGAUUACGCCACCACCGAAGAGAGAGAUGCUGUCUUCAAGUACCUCUCCAAGGAGCCUGCCAACAAGAUUUGCUUUGACUGUGAGGCUAAGAACCCGACGUGGACGUCGAUCCCCUUUGGAGUGUUGCUCUGCUUGGAGUGUUCUGCUGUUCACAGAAACAUGGGUGUGCAUGUGACGUUUGUCAAGUCGUCGAACUUGGACAAGUGGGGCCAACAUCAGCUGCGUCGUUUCAAGUUGGGUGGUAACCAGAAGGCCAAAGAGUACUUUUUGAAGAAUGGUGGUUCUAGAUACUUGGGACCAAAAGUCGAGGCCAAGCUGAAGUACACCUCGAAAGUUGCAGAGAAGUAUAAGCAGCAUUUGGAUGAUAAGGUUGCUAAGGAUGAAGUCAUGUUCCCUAACUCUGUAAAUUUGGAACAGAUUGACAAUUCUUCAAGCUCAUCGUUGGCUGCUGAGAGUAACAAUGAUAGUGGAGAUGAUUUCUUUGCCAACUGGGAAAAGAAACCACUUGUUGCAUCUCCUUCGCCUUCGUCAUCCAGACCAAUGACUCCAUUACAGAACAAUGCAUCCACCGCUUCGUUGUCUUCACAGGCCGGUGGUAGCGGUGGUGUUCUGUCGGGUCCAAAGAAGACCAUCUUGAGAAAGACCACCACCACUGGUAAGAAGACCAGCAUCCUCUCAGGACCAAGAAAGUCCAAGGUCACUGCAAAGAAAAUCACCGCUGACGUUGAUUUCGACGCUGCCGAGAGAGAGGCCAAGAAGGAAGCUGAACAGACUGCUAAAUUGGGCUACAAUCCAAACAAGGAACACGAGGAAGCCCAGGACUCGUUCUUUUCCAACAAGUCCACAACCAUAACCAGUGAACCUUCAAGUGCCAACACAUUUGGAGCCGGUUCUAGAAAGACUUCUGUCUCUUCAUCUGCUUCCAAACCAAUCGAGAAAACCACACAGUCAUUUGCCAAAUUGGGCUUUGGUAUGACUGCUAACGAUGCUGCAGAGCAGGAGAAGAGACAGAAGGCUGCAGCCCAGCCAAAAUACACCGGUGAAGUUGAGAACAAGUUUGGUAAGCAAAAGGCCAUCUCCUCAGACAUGUUCUUUGGAAGAAACAACUACGACAGUGCAGCACAACAAGAGGCCCACGAAAAGUUACAAUCCUUUGGUAACACAAACGCAAUCUCCUCAGCUUCGUAUUUCGGUGAGGAUCAAGACCAAUCGUCCCAGCAAGGUGGUGCUGGCGCUGGCGUGGGUGUUGGUGCAGGAACCGGUAAUCCAUACAUCAACACCACAAACGACGACUUUGCCGUCAUCAAAGACGCCAUUGAACAAGGUGCCAAUAAGCUGGGAGGAUACCUACGUGAUUACCUCCGUUGAGAGCUGUUUUUUAACCAAUUAUACAACGUUACUACCUACACACUGAAUAAAUUGAACAAGUCUAUCCAUGGUUCUCCAUG